UGUCUCUACGGGAUGGCUCUCAUUAAAUGCGGAAGUUUACACCCAGUUAAGCCGCUGCCGCCGCAACGAAGAUGAGCGUUGGUGUGACAGUUGAGCUGUAGCGAAGCUGGAGAAGCGGUGCGUCGGAGAGAGCGACGGUGCCAAACCGCGAGAAAACACCAAAGCCACCAGCGACACCGCCGCGGGACUGGACUUCAGACUCGCGUAUGGCUUCUCUGGGCAGCGCAGAUCGGCGGGCUUUCGCUCUGAAAAUCAACAGGCACUCUUCUGCAGAGAUCAGGAAACACUUUAGUGGGAACCAUGGCUUGCAGCACAGCCGAACCAACUCUAACGCUUCGGCCACAGUGUGGCUUACUGUGCCUCAGACGUAUGAUGCAGUGGAGCCCUUGGACCUAGAGGAAUUCUUCAUGUCACAGUUAAAAAGUGGAGACUCUGCCCUGAUGCAAGAAUUUGGAGACUUUCCUGAUGAUGACCUGAAGGUGGAGCAGGUGGAAAAGGAGUGUCGCACUAUUCGACACUCUGUCCCAGAGGAUGGAGUGGAACUAGAUCCGCAUGUAAGAGACUGCAUAAAGAGUUACACCCAGCCGUGGCUUGUCGUCUCCAGAAGAUGCCAGGGGGAUGGCUGGAGUGUGUAUUCAGAGCGAACUGGCCUACACAAACUUCUUCGGAAACAGACCUUUGAGUCGGAUUUUCAGCCAGAAAAUCAAGAAAAAACCGUCAAGUCACCAACUCUAGCAACGUUGACUGAUGACUCUGGCCACACGCUGACCUCCUCUGACUUUAACUUGCGGUGCCUGACUCCAGACAAGAGAGUUGAGGGUCUUCUGGCUUUCAGCAGCCAUGAAGAGCUGGAUCGUUUAAACCAGGAAACACGGCAAGGGAACAGGCACCCUGAGCUGUUUGCGCUCUACCCACCACCUGAUGAGGAAGAUACAGUGGAAAUCCGUCCUGUUCCCGACUGCCCCAGAGAACACAUUGGAGAGCGCGUUAUGAUCAGAUGCCAGUCUAUAAAGUUUGAAAUAGAAAUUGAACCCAUAUUUGCCACCAUGGCACUGUAUGAUCUGAAAGAGAAGAAAAAGAUAUCUGAGAAUUUCUACUGUGACCUGAACUCUGAACAGUUUAAGAACUUCUUGAAAAAUCACACUGACCACAUUGAUCCGUCCUCGACAGCCAAAUCUGCCAUCUUCUCUAUCACCUACCCUUCCACAGAUAUAUAUCUCGUCAUUAAGAUUGAAAAGGUCCUUCAGCAGGGAGAGAUCAGUGACUGUGUCGACCCCUACGUGACACUGAGGGAAUGCGACUCUGGAAAGAACAAGGACAAAAUUGAGAAGCUGCGGAACCAGGCGGAUAGUUUCUGCCAGAGGCUGGGUCGCUAUCGCAUGCCAUUUGCCUGGGCAACUGUUAAUAUAAUGGAAGUGAUCAGCUCUGCUACAUUGGAGCGUGACAUCACAGACUCUGAGAACACAAAAGGAGGAAAAUCCAGCAGCAUUGACCGGAGAGGACUCCCUAGGAGGAACUCUGAACGUUACAGUACCAUCGAUGAACCGUUUUGCAACGUUUCUGGCUUCAAGCCUGCCACCAUCACUAUCUCCACCAUCAUCAAACAGGAAGGAGAUCGUCUAAGCGAUGAGGAUUUGCUCAAGUCCCUGACUGAGAUGAAGAAACCACAGAAGAGAAUCAAGACAAUACCAGGUACCAUAAAAUUGGACAUGUCUCCAGUCAAUGAUACACCAACAUCAUGUUUGUCAACUGAGCUUAUCCCUCUUAAACCUGUGGCUGAGAAAAGCACUCGUCUCAUUAAGGAGGUGCUAGAGUUCCCCUCCAGUGAGGUUUAUGUUCCUCACAACAUCUACAGGAAUCUGCUCUAUGUCUACCCCCAGAGGCUCAACUUUGUCAACAGGUUGACAUCGGCUAGAAAUAUUACCAUCAAAAUCCAGUUUAUGAGUGGAGAGGAUCCUGGCUCGGCUAUGUGUGUCAUUUUUGGGAAAUCGAGUGGCCCUGAAUUUUUAAGUGAAGUCUAUACCCCUGUUACCUACCAUAACAAGUCUCCAGACUUCUAUGAGGAAGUGAAGAUUGCUCUUCCAGCACGUCUGACGGAGAGGCAUCACUUGCUGUUCACGUUCUUCCACAUCAGCUGUCAGCAGAAACAGAACCAGAGCAGCAGCUGUGAGACGCUCAUUGGAUACUCUUGGCUGCCCAUAUUGAAUAUUGAUCGACUGCAGACUGGUCAGUACUGUCUGCCCAUCAUCUUGGAGCGUCUCCCUGUCAACUACUCUCUACACACACCUGAGAAACUUCCUCUUCAGGUCCCUCCAGUCAAGUGGAUGGAGGGUCACAAGGGACUUUUCAACCUUGAAAUCCAGGCCGUGUCAUCCGUGCACACACAGGACAACCACCUGGAGCGUUUCUUCACCCUCUGCCAUGCACUGGAGGGUGGAGUAACAUUCCCUGUGCGGAUCAGGGAGGAGAAGAUUCCAGAGAACAAGCUGGAGCAUGAGCUGAAGCUCAGCAUCAUAGCCCUGUCCUCGUCCAGUCUAGAGGCUCUGGUCCUCUUCCUCCACCGAGUGCUAGAUAAACUCUUCACUCUCAUCAUGCAGCCCAUGGUCAUUGCUGGCCAGACCGCCAAUCUGGCACAGAUAGCCUUUGAGUCAGUGGUGUCCAUCGUCAACAGCCUUCAUAACAGCCAGGAACUGAUCAGGGACCAGCUGGGUAGGAACAGCCUCUUGGCAACCUACCUGUACUGGGUGUUUCGCCUGCCCGAUCCCCCUCGAGACAUGCAGAAUGCAGGUACAGGUGGCGCAGUACCUUCAGCAGAGAGCCGAUACAGCACCAUGGGUCGGGCCACGGCUGCCACCGUUGGCAGUAUGCUUCUCCAGUCCAGGAUCAGAAGCAGCAGCAACCCUGAUAUUCCAGGCCCGCAUAACUCCGCUGAAGAUGACGAGGUCAAAAAUAUUCUCUCUGCCAAGGGCCACAACAACCCAGGCAGCCGCAUGUCCACCUACGUAGACGUAAACAACCAUCAGAACCCAUCAGGAAACACCAGGCCAUCCAACAGAAAGCAAUUUCAUGAGGAGCUGGCCCUGCAAAUGGUUGUCAGCACCGGGGUCUGCAGAGAAAAUGCCUACAAAUACGCCUGGUUCUUCUUUGAGCUGCUGGUGAAAAGCAUGGCUCAGCAUGUGUCCCAGCUGGACAAGUACAAUAUUCCUCGCAGAAGUCGCUUCUCUGACCGAUUUAAAGAUGACAUCACCACCAUUGUCUCUGUGGUUACAGCUGAGAUUGGGACCAUCCUGGUCAAACAACAAAAGGAGGUAGAGCAAGCAGAGAAAGUCAACAUCAGUCUGGCUUUUUUCCUUUAUGACCUGAUGUCUCUCAUGGACAGAGGAUUUGUAUUCCACCUAGUGAAAAACUAUUGCAAUCAGAUGUCGGCUAAGAGUGUUUCAAUGCCGACACUGAUCAGCAUGCGUCUAGAGUUCCUGCGAAUCCUGUGCAGUCAUGAGCACUAUCUCAACCUGAGCCUCUUCUUCAGCAGCCCUGCCUCCGCACCCGCCUCACCGUGUCCAUCCAUCUCCUCACAGAGUUCUGGUUCAUGCAGUUUCCAGGAGCAGCAGAGGAUCUUGGCUCUGUUUGAACUUUCUCCUGAAUUCAAGCAGCAACACUACCUCACGGGUCUGUUACUGACAGAGCUCAGUGCAGCGCUAGACAUGGAGUCAGAGGGGGGAAAGGUCCAGAGAAGGUCCAUCAAUGCAAUCUACAGCCUGCUGUGUGCUCAUGAUCUUGACCAUCGCUGUAUUAAACCUGAAGUCAGGGCCAAGGUGGCUGCUCUCUACCUCCCCCUGGUGGGGAUUAUUAUAGAAUCCACUAACUACCUGGAUUUCACUGUUUCUGACUCGCGCAGCGGGAAAAACAAGUCAGGCGGACCUGAUGAUGACCUUGAAAAUGUCCCACCUAUCAAUCAGUCUGUUGCCAUGGCAAUUGCUGGGAACCCCUUCAACACACUGGGACGGAACGCUCUUCUUUCCAUGGCAUCUAUGCAAGGUAAAUCCAUAGCCACCCUGGCUGCAGACACCAGUCGCCACCUUUUGGUGUGCUUCCUGUGGGUGAUGAAGAAUGCCGAUAGGAUCCUGAUUCAGCGCUGGACUAUAGAUAUGCCUCCCUCACAGCUCAACAAACUGUUGGAGCUCCUCACCAUCUGUAUCUCCUGCUUUGAGUAUAGGGGAAAGCAGAGCAGUGACAAAGUGAGCACCCAGGCCUUACAGAAAUCUCAGCAGGCCAAACAUCAGUUGGAGGAGGCCCUGCUGAGAGGAAUGGGAGCCCGUGGGGAAAUGAUGAAACGAGUUGGAGGAACAGAUAGGACCAUGGGUCAGAGAGAGGUCCUCCGCUGGAGAAAGGAUCUCACUCAGUGGCGACAGACCAAUGACAGACAGGAUAAGACUAAAGCUGAGUUGGACCAGGAAGCUCUGAUCAGUGGGAACUUAGCCACAGAGUCAAACCUCAUAGUGCUCGACCUGCUGGAGACAAUCGUCCAGGCGGUGCCAUUGGCUGAUUGUAAGGACAGCGUAGUUGGCGGGGUGCUGAAGGUGUUACUCCACUCUCUCACCUGCAACCAGAGUACCACUUUCCUCUCUCACACCUUCAGCACGCUCAGAGCACUUGUCGUCAAGUUUGGAGAUCUGUUGUUUGAAGAGGAGGCGGAGCAGUGUGCAGACCUGUGCCAGAAGGUGCUUCAGUACUGCAGCAGCCCUGUGGAUGAGAACAGAAGCCAGGCCUGUGCCACCCUCUAUCUCAUCAUGAGAUACAGCUACAGUAAUGCCAGUAAUUUCUCGAGAGUCAAGAUGCAGGUCACCAUGUCUCUGGCCUCGCUGGUGGGCAAGUCUUCAGACUUCCAGGAGGAGUACUUAAGACGCUCUCUGCGCACCAUCCUGGCCUAUGCAGAGGAGGACACUGAGAUGCAGAAUACUCAGCUUCCCUCCCAGGUGGAUGAGCUUCUAAGAAACCUGAACAGUAUUUUAUCCGACACAGUGAAGAUGAGGGAGUUUCAGGAAGAUCCUGAAAUGCUCAUGGACCUCAUGUACAGGAUAGCAAAAGGCUACCAGACGUCUCCUGACCUCCGCCUGACCUGGCUGCAGAACAUGGCAGAGAAGCACAACAACAGGAAGUGUUACACGGAGUCUGCAAUGUGUCUGGUGCACGCUGCCGCCCUGGUGGCUGAGUACCUCAGCAUGUUGGAGGAUCACAAGUACCUGCCUGUUGGCAGUGUCACCUUUCAGAAUAUCUCCCCCAAUGUGCUGGAGGAGUCUGCGGUGUCGGACGACAUCCUGUCCCCGGAUGAGGAUGGGGUGUGCUCAGGUCGCUACUUCACGGAGAGCGGCCUGGUGGGAUUGCUGGAGCAGGCUGCUGAGCUCUUCAGCAAUGGUGGUCUUUAUGAGGCAGUAAACGAGGUCUACAAGAUCAUCAUACCAAUCCUAGAGGCACAUAGAGAUUUCAGAAAACUGGCGUCAACACAUGACAAACUUCAGAGAGCCUUUGAUAACAUCAUUCAGAAGGGACAUAAGAGGAUGUUUGGAACUUAUUUCCGAGUGGGCUUUUAUGGGGCCAAGUUUGGUGAUUUGGAUGAACGGGAAUUCAUCUACAAGGAGCCUGGGAUCACACAUCUGCCCGAGAUAUCACACAGGCUGGAGAACUUCUACAGUCAGUGCUUUGGAGAUGACACACUGGUGAUGAUUAAGGACUCUACACCAGUGGACAGAAAACAGCUCAACCCCAAUAAGGCAUAUAUCCAGAUCACUUAUGUGGAACCCUACUUUGACGACUAUGAGAUGAAAGACCGACUGACAAACUUUGAGAAGAACUUUAACCUGCGGCGCUUCAUGUACACCACACCCUUCACCAAGAGUGGGCGACCUCGGGGUGAACUCAAUGAACAGUACAAGAGAAAGACCAUCCUCACCACCAUGCAUGCUUUCCCCUAUGUCAAGACCCGCAUCAAUGUCAUUCAGAAAGAGGAGUUUGACUUGACGCCUAUCGAGGUGGCCAUAGAGGACAUGCAGAAGAAGACCAGAGAGCUCGCGGUUGCCACACACAGAGAACAACCCGAUGCUAAGAUGUUACAGAUGCUGCUACAGGGCUCUGUGGGAGCCACUGUUAACCAGGGCCCGUUGGAGGUGGCCCAGGUCUUCUUGAAUGAGAUCCCAGCGGACCCAAAGCUCUUCCGUCACCACAACAAACUGCGCCUGUGUUUCAAAGAAUUUAUAAUGAGGUGCGGUGAAGCAGUUGAGAAGAAUAAGCACCUGAUUGCAUCAGAUCAGAAGGAGUACCAGCAGGAGCUGAAGAAGAACUACAACCGCCUGAGAGAGAACCUAAGGCCAAUGCUGGAGAGGAAGAUUCCCGAACUCUAUAAACCCAUCAUCAGGCCUCGGCUGGAGAACAGGUAAACAGAGCCACCGCACCAGACGGCUUUGACAAGGGAAACGGAGGGAUUCCUUCAAACGUCUAAGUUUCCGCAGAACUCAGGAGGAAAACUCCUGAGUGCUUCAGACAGGAAGGGGAGGCUGUCACACAAGUGAGAGAGAAAAAGAGAAGAUAAGAUGAAAGAAGAGGGGGGGGAAACAAGAAAAGGAACAGCAGGAGCAGUACGCCGUGUCAACAAUGGAAGACUCGCGGUUUCUCAGUGAUCUGGCAAUGUGUAUUAAUGUUGGCUGCGUGUUCACUUUUAUGAUGUCAGGCUGUUUGUAAGAGGAGGGAAAGGCGAGUGAGCACAUACAAAAAUGGAUGGUGGGAAUCACCGGCAAAGUGUAGCUUAUUGAGCAUUUCACUGUAAAAUCUUCAGUUGCUGUGUUAAUUUCCAUUUUUGGAUAACUUCAAGUCCUCAAAAUGCUGCAAACACUUCCUCUGGGUCAGUAAACUAGCUCUCUUUGGUCCUUACUAAUCCCAGGCCUGUUGUGUGUGUGUGUGUGUGUGGGUGUGUGGGUGUGUGUGUGCACCAAUAAUGCUCGUGUUCUGUGUAUGUACAUGUAUAUAGAUGUAUGUGAAUGUCUGAAUGAAUGUGUGUUUAUUUAGAUUGUGUUUAGAUUAGAAGCUUUUGGUGCCAUACUGAAGUCACUUUGUACUCAGUGAUGAUAAAUGAUUCUGUUAUGUGCUAAAGGGCCUCUGAAAUUCCACUCUGGGCGUCUAUGCAUGACAUGUUCCAGUGUGAGCAGUGAGUGUGGAUGGAUUUUUGUGCACUGGAAAAAUAGGUACAGAUUCAUGUGUUAACAGUUGAGGCCAGCCAUGUACCUGGAUAUGUAGCUAACAGAAAAGUUUAACUUAUUAAGAGUUUCACAGGAGACAGAUAGGCUUUUAAGGCUCUAAAACACACGUGGAAUACACAUAAAGUGUGCAUUGUGGAUAUAUUUGAAAUAUUACUUCAGAUAAUAACAAGAUGUUUACAAAGUUGUUAAAACUAUUUUGCGUUGUAUUUUAUGGAAAUGUAUUUUUAGAUAAAAUAACAGCAAUAAUGAUACUAAUUGGAAGUAUAUUAUUCAGUCGGCGGGAUUCAGUGACUGAGUUUACUGUACAAUCUCAGCGUAUGUUCCAACAGUUUCAGUUGCUCUCUGUAAGUAGACCACGCUUCCUGCAAUACACACAGUGCCAAAUUCAAUUCCUUAUGUAUUUACUUAAGAAGUGAGGAACUUCAGCAGAAAUGCAAUAAUGUAAAAAGUCACUCCACACGGAUUUACUUUGCAAAUUAUGUUUACUCAGUAUGUGAGAACACAUUCCAGUGAAGAAAUUUAUUACUGCUUUGAAAUAUUAAAUUGUGACAACUUGAUUUUAUGUGACAUCGAUGAAACAUUUCAUCUAAAUGAUGUUAUGUUGCAGGUCAUUCUGUAUUGCAGUGAUGUAAAUGCGCCUGGAGUUUCAAAAAUGGGUGUACAUGUUUGUCAGUGUGAUUAAUGCUCAUGGAAAUAUUUGUUUCUAGGUACAUAUCUUAUUUAUUAGCUGCUGGGUGGGUUUUUUUUUUUGGUUUUUUUUGUGGGGUGGCUAAAUAAAAUGAUAGCCAUGCAGUAUGCAUCAGCUGUGAGCAUUGAUAAAAAUGUAUACCUAUUUUUAAAACGUGUACCACGUUAGCGCUGUAAGAUGUAUUCAUGGGAUACACCCACUGAGACUGCGUUCAUGUUUCAUGGUUAUCCUUUAUGUUCGUACAUAUUUUUUGUUUUUUGUUUUUUUUAUGUAGAUCUUUUUUUUUCCAUUGUCAUACUUACAAUGCUGUUGAAGAACCUGAAUAAAAAUUAAUAUAUGUCA